CCGCCUCGCGCGACACACACAUCGAAACAAGAGCCAUGCAAAUUUUCGUCAAGACUCUCACCGGCAAGACCAUCACCCUCGAGGUGGAGUCUUCCGACACCAUCGACAACGUCAAGGCCAAGAUCCAGGACAAGGAGGGCAUCCCCCCUGACCAGCAGCGCCUGAUCUUCGCUGGCAAGCAGCUCGAGGACGGCCGCACUCUCGCGGACUACAACAUCCAGAAGGAGUCCACCCUCCACCUUGUGCUCCGCCUCCGCGGUGGUAUGCAGAUCUUCGUCAAGACUCUCACCGGCAAGACCAUCACCCUCGAGGUCGAGUCUUCCGACACCAUCGACAACGUCAAGGCCAAGAUCCAGGACAAGGAGGGCAUCCCCCCUGACCAGCAGCGCCUGAUCUUCGCUGGCAAGCAGCUCGAGGACGGCCGCACUCUCGCGGACUACAACAUCCAGAAGGAGUCCACCCUCCACCUUGUGCUCCGCCUCCGCGGUGGUAUGCAGAUCUUCGUCAAGACUCUCACCGGCAAGACCAUCACCCUCGAGGUCGAGUCUUCCGACACCAUCGACAACGUCAAGGCCAAGAUCCAGGACAAGGAGGGCAUCCCCCCUGACCAGCAGCGCCUGAUCUUCGCUGGCAAGCAGCUCGAGGAUGGCCGCACUCUCGCGGACUACAACAUCCAGAAGGAGUCCACCCUCCACCUUGUGCUCCGCCUCCGCGGUGGUAUGCAGAUCUUCGUCAAGACUCUCACCGGCAAGACCAUCACCCUCGAGGUCGAGUCUUCCGACACCAUCGACAACGUCAAGGCCAAGAUCCAGGACAAGGAGGGCAUCCCCCCUGACCAGCAGCGCCUGAUCUUCGCUGGCAAGCAGCUCGAGGAUGGCCGCACUCUCGCGGACUACAACAUCCAGAAGGAGUCCACCCUCCACCUUGUGCUCCGCCUCCGCGGUGGUAUGCAGAUCUUCGUCAAGACUCUCACCGGCAAGACCAUCACCCUCGAGGUCGAGUCUUCCGACACCAUCGACAACGUCAAGGCCAAGAUCCAGGACAAGGAGGGCAUCCCCCCUGACCAGCAGCGCCUGAUCUUCGCUGGCAAGCAGCUCGAGGAUGGCCGCACUCUCGCGGACUACAACAUCCAGAAGGAGUCCACCCUCCACCUUGUGCUCCGCCUCCGCGGUGGCAACUAAUUGCCCUAAAUGCCUAGCAUUCGGACGCGUGCGUGAUUUAAAUCGCUCAGACAGUGCGCCGGCUCACAGUUUUUGUUCGUGUGCCCGGUGACUUUCUCUGUCUGGCGAAAACUCCACCGAAGACGAUGACGAAAACACCUUUGUAAUACGCAUACGCCUUGAAUCAAUCAAAGAAUAAAGUCUUGCGAC